UCCAUCUGUAUGUGGACCAAAUUCCAACUGCACAAAUGUAAAUGGAAGUUACAAUUGCUCAUGUUUGGAUGGAUUUAAUGCAACAUCACCGUAUCUCCCCAUCAGCAUCAAUAACACAUGCACAAAUAUCAGUAAAUGUCUCAACUCGUCUUUGGUUUGUGGGCCAAAUGCAUAUUGUCACAAUAACUACUUGUGCUCUUGUUUGAGUGGAUAUAAUGUUGUAAGGAAGAAUGAACUUGUUAGUAGCAGUAACCCGUGUACCGAUGUGAAUGAAUGUCAGCUGAAUCCAUCUGUUUGUGGACCAAAUUCAUACUGCACAAAUGUAAAUGGAAGUUAUAAUUGCUCAUGUUUGGAUGGAUUUAAUGCAACAUUCCCACAUCUCACCAUUGGCAUCAAUAACACAUGCACAGGAUUAAACGGAACAGCAGCACCUCCACCAACAACACAAUCAGUAAUUAAAAUGUCAAUGUCAAUGACAAUAGCUCAAGCUUUUGAUACCAGUCUUGCCGCUGAUACUGAAGAGAGGAGAAUUCUUUUAAAUAAAAUUCAACCAAUGAUUGACCAAAAUUACAAAACUGUACCUGACUACAUUCAUGGUUCUGCAAAAGUCAAUAAUUUCAGGUCUGGUAGCAUUAUAGUAGACUACACAAUUUCUGCAACAUCUAGCAGCCCUGAUUUUACAUCUGCAAACACACAGCUUGCCAACAGUCUAAAGCUGGCAGGACUCCCUGUGGAUCCCAAUUCUUUCGCUGAAAGUGUGCCAGCACUCCUCUUCAACACCACAAAUAAAAUAUAUCCAAUGCAAAUGCUGGAACUGAGAUGUACACGCCCAGCGUCUGUUGCGGGAGCAAUAACAUGGACCGUGAAUAAGAUUAAUCCUGCACUAGAUCCUAUGAGAUAUUCAAUUCAUAACAGUACCACAGGUAGCACUCUCACUGUGAAGAACGCAAGUGAAAUUGACAGUGGUAGAUACUCAUGUAUCAUAAAUAGGAGCCCUAUACCUUAUAUUCAGUGGCAAGACAUUGUUAUUGAACAACGUCCCAAGAUUGAAGUUGACGCUGAUCGAGUAUUUGAGUGCAAGGAUCAGAUUGUCCAAAUUAAAUGUUGUGCUGCGCUCUACAGUAUUGAGUGGGACCGGAUUCCUGAUGGUGAUCAACUGGAAAAUUCAGAAACUAACUGCAUCAUAUUACAUCAUAAACUCCUGAAAAUAAAUUGUGGGAGUGUGGAAACCUUUACAUGUCAACUCAAAGACCUGAAAGAGCUACAAGGUUACAGUUACAGCAGGAAAAGCGUCACCAUUAAAACAAGUGACAAAAGAAUUGACUGUACAAAUGAAACACUUGGAAUUGGACAAAUAGGUGAUAAAGUAAAUGGACCGUGUGAAAAUAGCAGGAUAGGCUUCAUAACUUAUCAAUGUCAAUUAGGUGGCUGGAGGAAGAUACAGAUCGAAUGUGUACUUCCUAUUCUUGCAUCCCUUCAAAGUGAAGUUCAGGUCUUGACUGAGGAAAAAAUUCCAGGGUUUAUGGCAAACCUCAGUAACGCUGCUGUGCAGAACAGGAUCGAGAUAUCACAGUCUGCCUCGGAUGUCAAAGCAAUUGUUGAUAUGCUCCUUCAAAUAACUUACAUCUCACCAAACAUGACAAUUGAUAAGACUGUGAUGAAUACAUAUCUUAAAACAGUGGAUGUUAUUGUAUCAGAUCAAACUAAUAACACAUGGGCAGAAUUAAACAAUGGCAACACAACAUCAAAUACCAGCACUGCCCUUUUGUUUGCCAUUGAGGUAACAAGCAAUCGUCUGUCAGAUGUGAAUUUUGCUUUAAAUGAAUCCUCCAUUCAGUUGGAAAGAACCUUAAUUCGCAACUCAUUCAAUUUAACUUCACAACAACCAAACUCAACUACCCAGAUCAUGUUUUCAUACGUUCCUGAACCGACCUUCGUAACUCUUAUAGUCUUCUCAAAUCUUGACAAUGUUCUACCAACUCGUAAUGACACCGGUACAUUCGAAAACCGGAUCAAUGGAGACGUGGUUGUGAUAAAGGUUAACCAAACGGUUAAUAAUAUUUCUCUUACUUUUGACAUUACGAAUGAGCUACUGGGAAAUCCUCAGUGUGUCUUUUGGAACUUCAAUCUGGACCGAUGGGAUUCCAAUGGGUGUAAAGUCAAGCACUCAGAGAAUGGCAAAGUUACAUGUGAAUGCAACCACACAACCUCUUUUUCAAUCCUCAUGUCACCGUUUUUUAUGGAUGAUAAAGCAUUGUCCUAUAUCACAUACAUUGGUGUAGCUAUUUCAAUGGCCAGCUUGGUUUUAUGUCUCAUUAUUGAGAUAAUCGUAUGGAAGUCAGUGACAGGAAAUGACACGGCGUACAUGCGUCACGUCUCAGUAGUUAACAUCUCUGUGUCAUUGCUGAUCGCAGACAUCUGGUUUAUCAUUGGAGCUGCAAUUGCUAAACCAGGAGAGUCUACACCGGUGAAUCCCUGCAGUGCAGUAGUUUUCUUCAUUCACUUUUUUUACCUGGCUCUUUUCUUCUGGAUGUUAACUUCAGCCCUCUUGCUCCUUUACCGCACGGCCAUGGUCUUUUCUCAGAUGUCAAGGGCUAAAAUGAUGGUCAUUGCCUUCAUGGUUGGUUAUUGUGCACCUUUGCUCAUAGCGGUUAUUACUGUCGCAUCCACAGCUGGAGCUGGUAGAUAUAUUUGGACGAGAGAUGUAUGUUGGCUGAACUGGUCUGAAUCUAAGGCCCUGCUGGCAUUUGUGAUUCCAGCUCUGACCAUUGUUGCCUUUAACCUGCUGGUUUUGAUUGUGGUUUUAUUUAAAAUAGUUAGGAGAAAUGUCAAUGCUGCAACUCAAACAGAUGAGAAACACAACCUUGUUGUCAUUGUCCGAUGCGUGGCCUUUCUAACUCCUAUUUUUGGCCUAACAUGGGGAUUUGGAGUGGGAACCAUGGUGUCAAAUGUGUAUGGCCUUCAUGUGGUGUUUGCCAUCCUCAAUUCAUUUCAGGGUUUCUUUGUUUUAGUGUUUGGAACACUUUUGGACAGCAAGGUCCGACAGUCACUGGCAGGAAAGUUGAAGUUAAACCUUAGUUCUGACCGUACCAGGAGCACUACUUCUACAGGACCAUCAUCUUCAGUCAAACUGGGUUUCUUUGGAAGGAUGCGGCGUAAACAUGUUUAUCACGUAUCUGAUCCCAACCAUUUCUCAAGACCAUCAUCAAACAAGACAGGAGUCUCAUCAAGUUAAUAAAAAAUAAAAAUACCCAUAUUUAAGAGUUUAUAAGCUGAGAAAAAAAUAUAGAUAGGAUGAAACUUUUUUCCUGGUUUGUUUGUUUGUUUGUUUGAAAGUAAAUGGUCUGUUCUUUCAUUUGAUAUAUUUGUAUGUUUAUAUAUUUUAGAAAAAAAAUCCUGGAAGGCAUUUUGUGAAACUUUUGUGAAAAUCACAAAACACAACUUUUUAAAAAAAGGCUGGUGGGGAAUGAGUUCAAAUAGGGUUACAGUGUAAUAUUAUAUUGUGUGAAAGAAAAUUGAAAAUUGAUGUACUGCAUCUAUGAUACUUGAAUAAACUAUAUCAAUUAUAUUUUGUUAAAAUCAUUACACAUUUUGUUGUCCAUCUUCAUUUUUUCCUUUGUUCUAAAAAGU